AUGCCAAAGCGUUUGUUCCUUGUCCUGUUGGUGGCCGUCCUGGGCAUCACCGAAGGACGAGAGGAUGAGCUGUGGUGUUACCGAUGUGAACAUGAACGCUCUCAUGUGAACUGUGAGAAGUUGCAGAAGUGUGCAGAAAGAGACUCCCAUUGCUUCACAACUGUGGCGCGUGGGGAGUCUGGCGAAGACCUGCUCUAUAAGGGAUGUUCUCCGCGGUGCGCCAAGUAUCCAGUCAUCGUGGCGUCCCCCCUGCCCAACUCGACGCAGUGCUGCCACACAUCAUUCUGCAACAGAAGCGGGGCCGCCAACAUGAAAAGUAGCCACGUGGCGGUGGGCGUGGGGAUCUUGGCCAGUGUCCUCUACAUUUUGCAGUCUUGA